CUUGCAGCGCAUUCUCGCCGCUCUUGCCUCUGGUUCUGGGUGGGAGGGACGUUGUUCUACUUUAUUGUAUUUUAACAGUAUUUUUUUUAAGUAGUUUUAUAUGAGAGAUGUGGUUUAUGUAUUUGCUCAGUUGGCUUUCCCUGGUGAUACAAGUCGCAUUUGUCACAUUAGCAAUUGCUGCUGGUCUCUACUACCUGGCAGAGGUAAUCGAGGAAUACACUGUAGCAACCAGCAGAAUCAUCAAGUACAUGAUAUGGUUCUCCACGGCGGUGCUGGUCGGGCUCUACCUGUUCGAGGGAUUCCCAGCAGUGAUGAUCAGUGUGGGGCUCUUCACAAACCUCGUCUACUUCGGCCUGCUGCAGACGUUCCCAUACAUCCUGCUUACCUCGCCCAACUUCAUACUAUCCUGUGUGCUGGUCGUUGUCAAUCAUUAUAUGACAUUCCAGUUCUUUGCAGAGGAAUACUACCCUUUCUCUGAGGUCCUGGCGUACUUCACCAUCUGCCUGUGGGUAAUACCCUUCUCUUUCUUCGUGUCGCUGUCGGCCGGGGAGAACGUGCUUCCUUCCACAGUGCAGCACGGGGAUGACGUGGUGUCAAACUACUUCACCAAAGGAAAGAGAGGCAAGCGCUCUGGAAUCCUGGUCAUAUUCUCAUUCCUCAAAGAGGCAGUGCUGCCCAGCCGGCAGAAAAUGUACUGAGAGGAGAGGGGGGCAGGGGGCAGGUAUAAGAAACAAGGAAGAAAAAAAAACACCACAUUGCUUUUUGCACAUCUGCGCUCCAUGAAGAGAAGAAGAAUUUAAGGGAAGGAGAAAGAAGAAAAAAAAACAAAACAAAACAAAAAAAAGACUGGUUCUCGACUUUGGACUUUUUUUUUUAUUUGAAUCGGAAUCCUGUCACUGAGAAUCCAGAGCACAGAGGAGUAAGGGGGCAGAUCCCCUCCCCCUGGUGUGUCUCCUCAUGAAUGGUUUGGGAUUAACAAUCAUUGUAAGGGGGCAGAUCCCCUGCCCUCUGGUGUGUCUCCUCAUGAAUGAUUUGGGAUUAACAAUCAUUGUUUCUUUAGUUUUUUUGUAUGCCUGUUAUUGGCAGUCCCACGGGGGGAUCUCUGCAAAUGUUUAAACUCCGAAGGAAUAAAUAGAGAAGGCACUGUUAGCAAAUAAUAAAAAAAAAACUAAGAAAGAAAACAAGGAAUGAAAAUUAAGUCAA